GUCAACUACCAAAACACAUUUGUAGCCAAUCAGCAGUAAGGGGCGUGUCUACUAACCGACAUCGUUGCCUGAGUUGCGUAUAUUUGGGGCGGGUCUAUCAAAAGAAGGUCCAGAUUCUAUUGGGGAAGGGGCGUGUUUGUUUAGCGGUUCCUGACUUGUGACGUAAUGCGUAACAUCCGCCUGUACGUCACAGUCACGUGGUAACAUUUGAAAUAAAACCUCGAAUCGCGCAGCCGUAGCAGACAACAACACUGCUGUUAUAUCGCGUAGGACUCAUGGCAUUAGGGUUUGAAAAAGCAAAAUGCGAUUUACCACGCAACAACAACAACAUGAUGUUGCCUCAGAAGAUGGACGAUCUCGCGAUAUCACCUCACUGGAGCAACCCAGUAGAGAGUUUGGUGUCAUCUCAGAGAAGUCAAGAGGAGCAGGCUGUGGCCCAACAGGACGCGAACGUUCAGAUCAUGUACAGCAAAGAUCAGGUGUACCAGGGUGAUAAAGAGUUUUCCAUUGAAGAGCUCAGAGCCCAGCGUUACUACAAAGCUUUAAGUGAUAAAGCCAUACACCUAAACAAAUUAAAACAGGACCUAAAGCUUCAGAUCGAGCAGAAACAGAGACUUCUACAGCAGAAAAACAGCGCUGCUACACAACAGAUUGUUGAUGAAGAUGCCGAUUCAUCCAUCCAGACCUCUGAAGGUGAAUGUCAGUCUGCGCCCACCGAGAUGAGAUCAGCGCCGUUCAAAAUAUACAGCGAGCAAGAAUCAGACGUUAAGAGUAGAAGCUCAGUGAGUUCAGACAUGACUGAAGGUGGAAGUGACCCCAAACGGCAGAAGAUGACGACAUCAAAACCAUUCACCGUUUUUGAUGAAAAUCCUCAAUCAAACAAGAUGUCUUUCUCCACAAACCGAACGUCUUUAAAACUGCCCACAUUGAGUUUGAAACCUCCAAAGGCAAAAGCAGAGCACUCCACGGACAGAGAGGCGUCCAUCUCACGAUCUGAGGAGCCCAUCAUCAACGGCCACUGGAAUAAAACCGUGUGCCGCAGUCCAAACGACACGUGUGAAUUCGCUCGUGCGGCUCAACUCGCGUCGACGCCAUUCGGAGGACCGGAGAGACCGAAACUGACAGAAGAUCUGAGCACGACUGCAUCUGAAGCUCCUCAGGCGUCGAACUCUGAUGUCAUCACAGAGACCAAAAAGCUCAGCCCUAUUCAGGAGAUCAGUCAUGACUGGGGAUCCACUUCAAUCGCCACCGUUAUACAGGAGACCAUUAAAGAUAACGCUGAGAUCAGUCCAUGUGUGGAGAUAUCUGAGAUGCCGCCUGCAGACGAAGUUAAAACAGAAGAUAUCUGCAGUUGGGAUGUGAGAGCGAGGUUGCUUGACCAAGUGGACUUGGGGUCAUUUACAAAUUUUCAUCGUAAAACUGGACUUUUGCCUCCAGCCAGCGGCAAUGAUGACCUGCUUCUCGAUGGGGAAAUGCUGUAUUACCGCAGUGAGAUGGGGAGACGGGAGGACUACACGCUGUAUUCAUCUAUCACUGGCACUGUAGUUUUAAAGGUGGACUCCUCUUCAGUGCCCUGGGAUUUUUUCAUCAGCUCAAAGAUCAGAGCUUCAUUGUCGAGCGAUGAACAGGACGCUGAUGUGCAGAUCUCCUGUUAUGUUUAUGACAAUGGAUGCGUGACUCUCUGGAGGAUUCCUCAUGAAUACACCAUAGAGGAUCUUGAAGAUGAGUUUCUUGCGAAGAAGAAUCUUCCUCAUUGGGUCAUUCGAUUACUGGAGAUGGUGAAGCGGAUUCAUAGCUGUCACAUAGUUCAUGCAGGUCUGAAGACAGAAACGCUGUACUUUUACCACAGUGACAUCAUGGCUCUGGAUUUCUCAUCAUCUGUGGACCUGCAGCUGCAGACUGAUGUGAAAACAGCAGAGGUUUUGUCUUCUGCGCAGGAUUAUAUUAAACAGGGUCUCCUGAUGAAGUCUGCAUCACCUUAUCAGGUGGAUCUGAUUGGUGUGGCAGAAGUCGUGCACAUGUUAGUAUUGAAUCGGCCACUUAAAGUGGUGCGUGGAAACUCGGGAUGGACUUUAGAUGAAGAUUCUGAUUCCCAUCACAGCAGUCCUGUAGAUGCCAUAUGGAAAAACUUUUUCCACAUCGUUCUGAAUCCAGAGGAGCAGUCAACAGAAGUCAUCUUAUCCAGGUUGAUUAGUGACCUGAAGAACAGCUAUUAAAUGACAUGUAUUUAUUCUCUCACUCAUUGGCUCUUUUAGACCAACGGCCCUAAAAUAUAAAUUUUCAGAACUGUGUGUCUCGUUAUCUAGUUCAAUGAAAACGUUGUUAACUAUUUACAUUUGUAUAUUCUUUGUAUUCAUUAAUAAACUAUUUUGACAGCA